AUGAGCGACCUCCGUUUCCUUGUCGAUGCUGGUGCCGAGAUUUGUGUGAUCCCGCCUCCAAAGCGCCACCAUCUCAAGCCUUCGCAGUUUUCAUUGCAGGCUGCCAAUAGCACCACCAUCGACACUUAUGAUCAACGGUCGCUCACACUUGACGUCUGUCUUCGGCGACGUUUCCAGUGGGUCUUUGUGCAGGCCGACGUUAAAUCUCCCAUUAUAGGGCAGAUUUCCUAACUCAUUUUGACCUUGCAGUCGGCCUCAGGCAUCACAAACUUAUCGAUACCACAACUACACUCUUUACCGUAGGGAUUACUGCUUCUGAACCCUCGGUUACCAUCCAUUUAACCGUACCAAGCUCACCCUUUGCUGACAUUUUGAAGGACUACCCGUCCCUCACUAAGUUCUGUCAGUUCACCGGGGAAGUUCAGCAUACGGUUAAACACCACAUCAUCACCACGGGGCAACCUGCUUACGCUCAUCCUCGCCGUCUUCACCCUGAUAAACUUCGGAUAGCAAGGAACGAAUUUAAGCAUAUGAUGAACCUAGGAAUUAUUCGUCCUUCCUCCAGCCCAUGGGCUUCUCCCCUCCACAUGCUACCCAAGAAAUCCACUGAUGAUUGGAGACCAUGCGGCGACUAUCGCGCUCUCAACAGAGCCACUGUUCCCAACCGAUACCCGAUUCCCCAUAUGCAUGAUUUUUCUCACACGCUAGCCGGAAAAACUAUUUUUUCCAAAUUAGACCUCGUGAGGGCAUAUCCCCAAAUUCCGGUCGAGGAAGAAGACAUCCUCAAGACCGUCGUCACAACGCCUUUCGGUUUGUUCGAAUUCCUUUGCAUGUCGUUUGGUUUGCGCAACGCGGCCCAAUCCUUCCAACGCUUCAUCGAUGACAUCUUGCGGGGUCUCUCAUUCACCUAUGUCUACAUUGACGACCUACUCGUCGUAAGUUCUUCGACAGAGGAACAUGCCUCGCACUUGCGCCAGAUAUUCGAUCGUUUCCAGCAACAUGGUCUGCAAUUAAACGUCAACAAAUGUAUCUUUGACGUCUCUUCUCUAGAUUUCCUUGGUCACCACGUCAACCAGCAUGGAAUCACAUCGCUGCUAAAGAAGGUGCAGAGCAUCCUGUCAUUCCCUGUCCCCGAGACCCAAACUCAGCUGCGGCGUUUUAUAGAUCUUUUUAUCCCUCACUGUGCGGCGACUCUAGCUCCCUUAACUGACCUUCUUAAAUCUAAAUCAAGGCCCAUCGAACUUCCUCCAGCAGCUCACUCAGCCUUUGAGGCAGCUAAGAAAGCUCUUGCUGAUGCCACUUUCCUUCACUAUCUCAGCUCUGAUCCCCACGCACAGCUGAUCUUGACCACUGACGCUUCCAACAAUGCUGUCCGCGCAGUCCUGCAUCAACAGGUGAAUAGCCAGUUGCAGCCGCUGGCUUUCUUUUCACAGAAGCUACGACCGGCGCAGACUCGCUACAGUACUUUCUCUCGCGAACUCCUUGCCAUCUACCUGGCCAUUCGUCAUUUUCGACACCUCUUAGAGGGCAGAGAUUUUUCAGUUCACAGGGACCACAAACCUCUCACUUACGCCCUCAAGGCCAAGCCAGAUAGGUACUCGCCCAGGAAAGUUCGUCAUCUGGACUAUAUAUCGCAGUUCACGGCAGAUAUCCGCUACAUCCGAGACAGCGACAAUGUCGUUGCUGAUACAUUAUCCCGUCCGGACGUCAACACACUUACAUCCGAUUUCGACCUUGCGAAACUUGCAGACCUACAAUCCAUUGACGACCUGCGUACUACUACUACUCUGCAACUUCGAGAUGCACCACUUCCCGCAUCACCAGGCACGAUUUUGUGCGAAUGGUCCACAGGCGCCCCUCGACCUGUUGUUCCACUGUCCUUCCGCAAGACAGUGUUUGGCCAUUUCCAUUCUCGGCACAUCCUGGCAUCCGCGCUUCUCGUAAGCUAA